AUGAUCUGGACACGCGACGGCGAGCAGGCGCUGAUGCAGGCGCGCGCCGACAAGAAGGCGAUGGCGGACACCAACAACAAGUUCCUGGAGCUGCUCAACACGCUCAUCGACCAGACGACGCGCGACCUCACGCGCAUCGAGCGCACCAAGUUCGAGACGCUCAUCACCAUCCACGUGCACCAGCGCGACAUCUUCGACAUCCUGUGCCGUCUGAACGUGCGCCACGUGACGGACUUCGAGUGGCUGAAGCAGUGCCGCUUCUACUUCAAAGAGGACGUGGACAAGACGCUCAUUGCCAUCACCGACGUCACCUUCGCUUACCAGAACGAGUUCCUGGGCUGCACCGAGCGCCUGGUCAUCACCCCGCUCACCGACAGGUGCUACAUCACCCUGGCGCAGGCUUUGGCCAUGUCAAUGGGCGGCGCACCUUGCGGGCCAGCUGGCACAGGCAAAACGGAGACGGUGAAAGAUAUGGGCAAGACUCUGGCCAAGUACGUCGUCGUCUUCAACUGCUCCGACCAAAUGGACUUCCGCGGCCUCGGCCGCAUCUACAAAGGUCUGGCUCAGUCUGGGACGUGGGGCUGCUUCGACGAGUUCAACCGUAUAGAGCUUCCCGUGCUGUCCGUGGCCGCCCAGCAAGUGGCUGUAGUGCUUGCUUCUAAAAAGGAAAAGAAAAAACAGUUCGUUUUCACCGAUGGAGACACCGUCGACAUGUGCCCGGAAUUUGGAAUCUUUAUUACGAUGAAUCCUGGCUACGCUGGAAGGAAAGAGCUCCCCGAAAACUUAAAAAUACAGUUCCGCACAGUUGCUAUGAUGGUCCCUGACAGACAAAUCAUUAUCCGUGUGAAACUCGCCAGCUGUGGCUUCCUAGAAAACAUCACCCUCGCGCGAAAAUUCUAUACAUUGUAUAAACUUUGUGAAGAGCAGCUUACAAAACAGGACGAGCCGCUGUUUAUCUCUCUAGUUGCCGACCUGUUCCCCAACCAGGCGCUGGAGAAGACUAGCUACCCUCAGCUCGAGCAGGCCAUUCAGGACGUGGUGGAGGAGAAGGGACUCAUAUUCCACCCGCCCUGGGUGCUCAAGCUCAUCCAGCUGUACGAGACGCAGCGCGUGCGGCACGGCAUCAUGACGCUGGGGCCCGCGGGCGCCGGCAAGACCAAGUGCAUCCACACGCUCAUGCGCGCGCUCACGAGAGAUGCGCAUGAACCCGAAGGCCAUCACAGCGUCGCAGAUGUUUGGGAGGCUGGAUGUGGCUACCAACGACUGGACGGAUGGAAUAUUUUCCGCGUUGUGGAGGAAAACUCUGAAACUCAAGAAAGCAUCUGGAUCGAGAACCUCAACUCGGUGCUGGACGACAACAAGACGCUGACGCUGGCCAACGGCGACCGCCUGGGCAUGGCGGCCACCUGCAAGAUCAUCUUCGAGCCGCACAACAUCGACAACGCCUCCCCCGCCACCGUCUCGCGCAACGGCAUGGUCUACAUGAGCUCCUCGGGGCUCGAGUGGGAUCCCGUG